CUCGUAUAUAUCGUUGUCUAGGUACCUACAACACAAGCCUUAUUGAGCUUACUGUGGGAUUUAGUCAAUUUGUGUAAUAAUGUCCUAUAAUAUUUAUUUACAGUACAUAUGGUGCUACUUUACCGCACUAGUGCGAAAAUUAGCAUAUUACGUUACUGUGUCGAACAUUUAAAGGGCCAUAUGUACUGUAAAACGUUGUACGAUACAUGUGCGAAUAGGUAAUUCGCAACUCGUGUCGAUUUAAAACACUCCCUUCUGUCGUGUUUUAAUUUAUCGCCACUCGUUUCGAAUUUCCUAUUUUUCGCACUUGUAUCGUGAUGUACUAUUAUCGAUAAAAUCUCACUGACGUCUCACCGCGGCGCAGCACUGGCCGCCUGAGUCCCGCCGAAACUGAGCACUUGACAGUCAGUUUACCCGCGAUUUCCGAGCACGCUCCAAUGCCGCCCGCCGCCAACCAAGGUAUAACACCCAGAAAAGUCAAGUCACUCAACUUUGUUAGCAGAGUGAGGAUGGUGAACCCGUGCGAACGUCGCUCGAUAGCGUGCAUACUCCUCGCGAUCACGGCGGUAGUCGCCGCCGCUAGCUAUGACCGUGAGCGACUGGAGAUAGCCAAGCAGAUACUUGAGGAAGUACCGCUUACUGAUGGGCACAACGACCUCCCCUGGAAUAUCCGCAAGUUCCUGCGGAACCAAAUUAACGAGUUCGAGCUGGACACCGAUCUCACCCGCGUCGAACCCUGGUCCAAGUCGAAAUACUCACACACAGACUUGCCAAGACUGCGCGAGGGGAUGGUCGGGGCUCAGUUCUGGUCCGCCUUCGUGCCCUGCGCCACCCAGAACCGCGACGCCGUGCAGCUAACCCUCGAACAGAUCGACGUCAUCCGUCGCCUCGUCGACAAGUACCCGCAGUACUUCCAGCUAGCUACGUCUGUCACUGACAUUCUUCAAGCACACAGCGCUAGACCCCGCAAGAUCGCCUCGCUUAUCGGCAUCGAAGGCGGUCAUUCCAUCGGCAACUCCUUGGGUGUUCUCCGCAGCUACUACCAGCUCGGUGUUCGCUACAUGACCCUGACUCAUACCUGCAACACGCCUUGGGCCGACUCCUCCAACGAAGCCCCAGCCGUGAACGGACUCACCGAAUUCGGAGAGAAAGUGGUGAAAGAGAUGAACCGGCUCGGGAUGCUGGUGGACCUGUCACACGUGGGUGAAAACACGACCCGGGCCGCGAUCAAACUGUCAAAGGCCCCUGUCAUCUUCAGUCAUUCCUCUGUGUAUAGUCUCUGCGCGCAUAAGAGGAAUGUGCCGACCGACAUCAUUCACUCUCUGAAAGAAAAUGGCGGUAUAAUAAUGGUGAACUUCUUCCCGGACUUCGUGAAAUGCGCACCCAACGCUACUCUGUCCGACGUCGCUGAGCACUUCCACUUCAUAAAGCGCGUCAUCGGCGCGGACUAUGUCGGCAUCGGGGGAGAUUAUGACGGCGUUAACAGGGUCCCCCGAGGCCUCGAAGACGUGUCGAAGUACCCGGAGCUGUUCGCGGAACUGCUGCGCAGCGGGCAGUGGAGUGUCCAGGAACUGAAGAACCUGGCCGGCCUUAACAUGCUGAGGGUCAUGCGCCAGGUUGAGAAGGUCCGCGACGAGCUCCGCACAAACGGCGCGGAACCCGAGGAACACCCCGACUCGCCCAACGACAACGGCAACUGCACCAGCAACGCCUUCUACACCGAGUACGUGUAGGCCUCUAGGCCUCCCAAGCAAACAACUUCAGAUGCAACAAUAGCUCUAAAAAAACAUUUCUCUCAGAUUAUUUAAUUAUUUUUACACCGGAUUUGUGUAGGCCUCUAGGCCUCUCAACAACCCAAGAACUGCAACAAUAGCUUUAUCACAAUUUCUGAUAGUUUGUAUGAUCACUUUUACACCAAGUAAGCGUAGGUCUACAUGCCUCCCGAGAAACAGAAACUCUAAGACUACAAAAAAUUGUGUCUAAAAAACACCGUUAGUAAGAUUAUUCACUUAUUUUAUUCCGAAAAUUUGUAGGCCUCUAGGCCUCCCGCACAGCUGACAGUUCUAAAACCCAACAAUAGACCAAACAUAGUUAUAGCCAGAUUGUAAUAACCACUUUUACGCCGAGUACAUCUUUCGCUGCGAUUCGAAGAAUGAUUAAGACACGUUUAAGAUCUUUAAAAGAUCAAUAACUAAACGAUAUGUCAAAAUCGACAAGAUCUAUCUACGAUAUUUCUAACUUCAAAGUGACAUUGAUUGCCCGAAUCGUGCUGCUUCUGUCAAUUAUACGACAUACAAACGAUAUCUAAAUGAGAACUAUCAAAACCAGAACUUAUCGUUAUCGUAUCUUCUUCGAAUCGGGCCGUUUGUCUCUAGAAGAACUGGGGGCUUAGCCAUGAUGAAAAUCGUACAUGAACACUCCAAACUUAAAGAAAAAACGUAUCGGCGGGGUACCACGAAAAGUCUCGCGACUAUUUCCAUUUAUUUAAGAUACGUAUGGCAUUUUCUAUUAACCAUUGCCAUCUUGGCUAGGCAUGCUUUGGUGCCACCCUGGUGGCUAUGAGGCACAGGGGGGGCAAGUCGACAUCGUCAAAGGCCCUAGGGAGGGGGGGUAAGACGCCAGAGAGGGGCAUUGUAUGUAAAAUUUGAGCUGUACCCGCCUACGCCCAUGGUUACCUGACAGUAAACAGCUGACAAAUAGUACGAAGAUGUCCCACGAAAGUUCAAAUAUAUCCCUAGCCAGGGAUAUUCCGUGUAAAGGUUAUCGUAAAAUAUAGAUCGUCUCAUUCACGAAGGCGUGUGCCUUGACUCGUAUUACCAUGUUGUUAAAGGUUAGAUUUGACAUCUCCGCGCGUCAUCAUGGAUGACAAUUCACCCGUUCACACUAUGAUUUGUCGUGCCGAGCAAGCGCUGCUCAAUGUUUCCCGCAAGUCUAUAUAGCCCCCGUUUACCGGUAUUGAGAACUUAAAGUUCGCUUUCAACAAAAACAAACUUACGGCCCAAUUCGAAGAAUGAUUAAGACACGUUUAAGAUCUUUAAAUCGAUAACUAGA